UGAUUUCAUUCGACCAGCCUGCCUCACAUUCCCUGGCUCGAAGGAAUACGAACACACAGCUUGUACAGUAGCAGGAUGGGGUAACAUGGGGGAGAGACAAAAUACAAGCGAUGUAUUACUAAAGGCGACGGUAUAUCAGGAAUAUGAUCACAGUAACUGUCAAAGGGUUUUGCAUCAAAAUUUUUUUGUAUGGGACAGUACGACUAUGAUCUGCGCAAAGUCAGGUGAAGCUCGGCCUGACCAGGACACUUGUCAGGGCGACAGCGGUGGUCCUUUGAUGACGAUGAGCAAACAAUAUGUACCUUGCUCAUAUUUUGUAGCAGGCAUCGUAUCUUGGGGUCCUAAAUGUGGAGUACAAAUGCAUGGGUCUUAUACAAACGCUUCCUAUGACAAGUAUCAAGAAUGGAUAGUCGAAAACGUGUGGCCGCUGCAGCUGAAUGCUAGAAAAAUUAAUCUCUCUUAAACAACUAUUAAAUGAUAUGAAACUGAUCACUUUGUAUAUCGUUGUGACGUCGUUGCUUGGAAAUGACAGCUUCGUUCCGAUUUAAAAGCGCCUGUUGAAGUUAAUGAAAGCUAUAUUUGGUAUUAUUAUUUUAAAUCCCCAUCACUGUUACCAACCUUUAGAGUCAAAAUGGUGCGAAUCAAAUAGGCACAAAAUAAUAAGGCUUGUAGCCGGUGUGGUCAGCAUCUAAUUCUGACUUUGUAAAGGUGACAGUUUAUUGUAAUUUUCUGUGCAGCCAACGAACUGCCGGGCAUUGAUGACACCACAAUAAAGACAAGUUUACAAAUUGCCGAAAUUAAAUAAGUAACUUAUGAAUGAACGGG